AUGGCUGUGGGUGCUCUUGAACCGAAAUUCAACCAAAACUUAUUUGAAGCGGAUGUGUAUGAAAGUCCUAGAGAGACUAUUGCUGAAAUGGAGCGAAUUUUCAAGAGCAAAACUCGAGAAGAAUGGACAACAUUAUUUGACGGUGAGUCGGUAGUUCGAAAGAACGCCUGUGUAACUCCCGUUUUGGAUAUCGAUGAAGCCGCUGAAUUCAAGCAUAACUUGGAAAGAGAAAGCUUUUCUAAAGAAGGAACUGAAAAGCAAAAUCUGACCUAUACUUGUAGAACUGUAAAAUAUUAG